AUGUUAGAGGAAGCCCCAGAACCAACUCUUCCUCCUCUUCCCCCAGGUGAGCCGACGGCUGCUCGAGGUCGACGUAAACGGAGCAGACAUGUAGAGGCUGCCCCUCCGGACUCGUCCACAUCAAGUGACCCCGCCUGGUUUUCCAGCGACGACGACCCAGCCUUGGAUAAUUAUCAGGGAAAUGGGCGGCGUAAGAGGCGUUACAAAGGUACCUGGUUUGACCAGCACCCUGCUUCUUGCGACUCGGCGUUCGGCGAUGAGUCUGAUAUAACUUAUCGUCCGCCACGUCGGCAGCAUGCUGGCGACCCCUCUCAACCGACUGAGAAGCGACAGCUGAAAAGACAGAUUGACAGUGGUGUCUGGUUGAAUGAGGAUAGUAGCCUGACCGACUCGGACGAGAGCAUCGAUUUGGCACCUCUGCCAGCGAAGCUGACACUGGGCCCUAUUGGACCUGUCACCCUCCUGCCCCCUCGGCCUUUUCUCUCCGAGGUUGAACAGGCGGCGCAAAAAAUCAUUCAAGCUUGUGUUGAGGAUGGCACAGAGUCGGUCGAUCUUAGCGGCUUAGGGCUGGAGCGUGUUUCUCCAGGCGUUCUUGAGCCCAUCGGGGACAUCACACCCAUCCCAAACGUGACAAAAGAUGUUGCGUUUGAGCAAAGGGACCCAGAGAUCAGAUUGUUUAUGGGCAACAACGCUCUGACAGCAUUCCCUCCUGCUCUGCUAAACCUCGAGUAUCUGACAGUGCUUAGCUUGCGGGGCAAUCAGCUCUCGACUCUCCCGCCGAGUCUGCUUCGUCUCAAGAAUCUUCAGACGUUGAAUAUUGCCCAGAAUAAGUUGCGGCACUUGCCCGGUGAAUGGCUGAACUGCCUGGACAAGGGGAGCAAGCUUCGCUACUUUCAUGUCCACCCGAAUCCAUUCUGGCGCCCGCAGCCAUUUGUGCCCGACUUUGCUGCUGCCGCCCAAUAUCAAGAACUCACCCUAGGCGUUGAUGCUGUCCGCGAUGACGGGCAGGUGGUGUCAACUGUUGGCACAAAGUUGUAUGCCCGGACGCCUGUGCAAUUCAUGGACAUCACUGCGUCCGCCCAUACUUCCUUCGAGCUCCCACCCACAUCCUGCAACGACCCAAAACGGACCACACUCCCGAUCGAGCCGUUCCACGAGCUCGAGACCCCCAUGGCACUUGAUCGCGAGCUCAGAUACCGUGCCGCCACCAGCAAGAUAGUCAACCCGCAGGGCCCCAAGUCGCUCCUGGAGCUUGCCCUCAAGAAAUGUGCAGAGAAGCAGAAUGCCGACGAGACGUUGGCUAUCAUGCGUCAGAGUUCUGACGUCUGGCCACCGCAUCUCUUGCGGCUGCUUGAACAGGCGGUUGAGAUACGCGAAAACGGCGGUUUGCGGUGUUCGGUGUGCGGGCGGGAGACGAUCAUCCCGCUUGCCCAGUGGGUCGAGUUCCGUGAGAUUGGACAGAUGAUUAUGAUAGCUGAUGGCGAAGGUGACGGCCAACUCGACAACCUGACGGUACUUAACAACAUCCUAACGACCAGAAAACAAACCGCCGAUAGCGAGAAGCGCGGCCACUCCCGCCCCCCGCGACAGCCAGAAUCGUCUAAACAAAUCAACAGCUGGCCACAUAGCUUCAGACAGUCCGCGGAAUACAAGAUGCGGCCAGUUCGAUCUCUUUUCCUCCCCCUUCUUAUCGCACUCCCUUCAACCCUGGCCAUCUUCCCCGAUGAAGUCGGCCACAUUGACUACCACCAUGCGCUCGUCGGCCUACCCUUACGCGAGACGACAUUCUUCCAUCGCCCGAGACGCACCGACCGCGCUAGUCUUCUUUACACGCUCAGCGAUGUUGGCGUUCUGGCUGCAGUCCAUCCAGGCAGCGGCGAGGUUGUAUGGAGACAGGAUUUGCUUGAAAACCUCGGUUCAUUAGGGAUUACGUCUACAGAUGGAGGAACAAUAUCAGGGAAACCGAAUGGAUUCUUGAGGGCUGGAGAAGGCGAGGGAUGGGUGGUGAGCGUGUACGACGGGGAGCUGGGCUCGUGGGAUGCAAUCACGGGCAGGAGUCGCUUUAGGGUUCGGGUUGGUAGUGACAAGGCCGUAGUGCGGGAUCUGGAAGUGAUGGAGCUAACGGGCGCCGAAGAUGGCACAAGAAAGGAUGUUCUGGUGCUGAGCGAGGAGGAAGGAGGGAAAGAGACGGCCCUAAGGCGGUUGAAUGCCGAAGACGGCUCUGUUGUUUGGGCCUUCCGUGAGCGUACCGGCGAUCUGCCGCUGCAGGUCAGCACCAACGGCGAGAAAGUGUUCGUGGUGAGCCUUAAGGGCGCCGCGGAUGCAUAUAAUCUGAAGGUCAUCAUGCUGGAUACAGCCACGGGUCGCAAGCUGGACGAAUUAGUGCUCGGCUCCAAGGCAGACGUGCAUCGCAGAGAGGAUGUCAUGUUUGUGGGUGCGAACUCUGCUGCGCCCGUCGUAGCCUGGACCGAUAAUGCCCGUCGCACGCUCAUGGUCAAUGUGCUAGGCACCAAGUCACGCCAGGAGUUUCCCCUUCCCGAGGGCACUCUGUCGGUCGAGAUCCAUGCGCCCCAUCUAGUGCAGUCGCUACCGCACUUUUUGGUCCAUACAAGGACAGCGACUGGACACCGCGGUGAUGUCUAUCAUGUUGACCUCAAGACCAAAACUGUCUCACAUGCUUAUAGCCUCCCCCAUCUUGCUGGUCCCGGCGCUUUUUCGACUAGCUCGGAUGGCGCCAACGUAUACUUUACCCGCGUGACUGAGGAUGAGGUUAUCUUGGUAUCGUCCAAGUCCCACGGCAUCCUCGCUCGUUGGCCGCUCGGCACGAAUGGCUCUAAGCUGAUUGCCCUCCACGGGGUCUCGGAAGUCGUCAAGAGGGCAGGUCUCGAGGAGAGCUAUGCCGUUCGCGCGGCUGUGCUCACGGAUAUGGAUGACUGGGUGUUGAUUCGCAAUGGUAACGUUGCCUGGUCCCGUCCCGAGGGCAUGACAGCUGGCGCUGCUGCCACAUUCGCUGAGAUUCCUGAGGGCCUAGACCUGGUGCGUUCGCUUGAGCAGGAGGCUCAUAGCAACCCCCUCGAGGCUUAUAUUCACCGGGUCAAGCGCCAUGUGAACGACCUUCAAUAUCUCCCGGCUUACUUGAGCGCCAUCCCUUCAAGGGUGAUGAGUAGCAUCCUCGGCACUGAUGUUCCCGCCCACGCUGGAAGGCUGACGCGAGAUAGUUUUGGCUUCCACAAGCUGGUCAUCCUAGCUUCUAAGCGCGGGAUGCUCUAUGGUCUUGACAUUGGUAACCAUGGCAACAUUGUGUGGCAGAAGCGGCCGUUCAAAAUCGCUAAUGGUGCCAAGUGGGAUGUCAAGGGUAUUAGAGUUGACGAGCAGGCAGGAGAGGUUACCGUCCUUGGUGCUCAGAACGACUUUGUCGUAUUCAAGACCCUCACGGGUGAGAUUAUCGAAUCGAAGGGGCCUAGCGGAGAGGCAACCACCCAAAGCGCUGCUCUUGUCGACACACAUUCUGGUCAAAAACUUAUCCGGAUCGGCCGUGGGGGCAAGAUUGGUGAGCUGCCCACUUAUGGAGCCCCUAAGCAAACCGUCGUUACGCGUGGCGAAGAGGGAGAGCUUAAAGGCAUUGUUUUCGUUCCCAACGGUACAACGUCUUACGAAGCCACUUCAUGGACGUUUGUUCCUCCUCCUGGCCAGAAGAUUGUUGAUAUCGCUACGAGGCCGUCUCAUGAUGCUGUCGCCUCAAUUGGCCGCGUCCUCUCCGAUCGGACGGUCAAGUACAAGUACCUGAACCCUAACACCAUCGUUGUUGCAGCCGUCAACGAUGCUGCUCAUACCCUCACCAUCUAUCUCCUGGACACAAUUUCGGGCCAGAUUUUGCACACAGCAAAGUACGAAGGUGUCGACACUUCUGGUACCAAGCCCAUCGAAUGCGUCAUGGCCGAGAACUGGUUUGUCUGCACUUUCUUCGCUCAGUACACCAUCCGCGAAACUGCCCCUCCUUCUCCUCCAUCUUCCUACUCCCCCGGCCAACAGCACGCUGCCACCCAUAAGUCCGCUCAAGGCUACCACCUCAUUGUCACCGACCUCUACGAAAGCGACACCCCCAACAGCCGCGGCCCCCUCGGCAACUCCCCCAGCUUCUCAUCCUUGUCCCCCCUUGACUCCCCCACUGCCGACGGUCCCGUCCGUCCCUCUGUUGUCUCCCAGUCCUACAUCAUCUCCGCCCCGCUCUCCGCGCUUCAGGUCACCCAGACCCGGCAGGGCGUAACCACGCGCCAAGUCCUGGCCUACCUGCCGCAGACGCACGCCAUUGCGGGUAUCCCGCGCAUCGUGCUUGAUCCACGCAGACCUGUCGGCCGCGAUCCGACUCCCGCCGAGGUUGAGGCUGAGGCAUUGAUUCGGUAUCACCCGGCUAUCGAGAUCGAUCCGAAGACGGUAAUUACCCAUCAGAGGGACGUGAUCGGUGUGGAGAAGAUCGUGACGUGCCCGGCGAUUGUAGAGAGUACUAGUUUGGUAUUUGCUUUUGGCCGUGUGGAUGUUUUCGGAUCGAGGGUUGCGCCUAGCUUUGUAUAUGAUAUGCUCGGGAAGGGGUUCAACAAGAUCGGGUUGGUAGGAACAGUUGUGGCGUUGGGGGUUGGUGUGGUCUUGUUGGCACCGGCAGUCCGGAGAAAACAGAUCAAUAUGAGAUGGGGGGCGACACAGUAA